UAACAAAAAGGUUUUCGCUCUGGCCACACUACAAUCAUUAUUCCACAACAACAAGCGGGACCUCCAAAAUAUAAUCCCUCGGUACCCGUACCCAAGGGUACCAAGGUAAUCCAAAACCCAAAAAGUAAAUAAAUAAAAAGAGACGUAAAUACGAAGCAAAGAGUGAAAGAGAGUGCGGCGGCCGUUUUGGUCAGAUAUUUAACCCCCUCCCCUCCAAAACGCACAACGACGAAGACGGCCUUCAAUCCGGCAUGGACAUGACAGCGGCAGCUACAGACACAACAGAUACAGCUGGUGCUGGAACAGUACCAGUUGGUACUGGACAUACCACAAUAGUCACGCCCCUGCAGUCGAGUAAUGAGGCGCCGGCUGCGGCAGCAAUUGGUUCGCAAAGCGAAUCAUCAGAGGAAGAGGAUUAUUUGGACAAUAGCAUUGAAUUGCGUGGAUAUCUAAGCAAAUGGACCAACUAUAUCUAUGGCUGGCAACCGCGCUAUAUUGUUCUAAAAGAUGGUACACUCUCCUACUACAAAUCGGAAUCGGAAUCCGAUCUGGGUUGUCGUGGUGCAAUCAGUUUGGCUAAAGCAACAAUUAAGGCACACGAAUCCGAUGAGCUACGUUUCGAUGUUGUGGUCAAUAAUCUAAACAAUUGGUGCCUUCGAGCUGAGACAAGUGAAGAUCGUAUGCAUUGGGUGGAAGUAUUGCAGCUAUAUAAAGAGGAUACUGGCAGCACGGAUACAACUUCAUUACGUCGCCAUGGCAGCACAAUGUCCUUACAAUCGAAUACUAUAUCAUUGGCCAGCGGUGGCAGUCUCAAGAAAACGCAACGUAAUCUACGUGAAAAGGUCGGCGAACUGGAGACCUUCAAGGAUAUACUUUACGGUCAGAUUGAUACACUGCAACGGUAUUUUGAUGCCUGCUCCGAGUUGAAUAAAAGCAAUACACAGCCCUUGGAUCUCGGUGAUGGUCUAAAGCCCAUUGAUUUCAAGGGUGAGUCAAUUACGUUUCGUGCCACAACGUCCGGCGUUCUAACGACCCUACAACAUUGUUUGGGAAUCAUAAGUGAAAAUGAUGAAUCAUGGAAACGAAAACUGGAGCGUGAAAUUGAUAAACGUCGACGCUCCGAGGAACUGAAUAAAAAGUUGAAAGAUGAAAUGGAAAAAAUGAAACGUUUAUCAUAUCCAGGCCCAGACUUUGAGGAGGGUCCACAUUCCACAUUACCCGAGGAUGAGUUCUUCGAUGCGGUUGAAACGGGUUUGGAGAAAAUUGAGGAGGACAUGCAAUUGCGUUUCAAAUUGAGACUUCAAUCACAAAUCUCACAGACAUUGGUCAAUGUGCCGCAUGAGGCAGUGGCCGAGGGUGAAGAGGCACGCGAGGAGUUCGGUACUGGUGCCGAGGCCAAGAAUCAUGCCCUGUGGUCCGAGAUUGAUCGUGUUUGCAAGGAGCAAUUGCAUCAUGCACGUGAGGGCGUCGGACAGGAUGGCAAUGGUUGGCAAAUUUUUGCCGAUGAGGGUGAAAUCAAAAUGUACAAACGUGAGGAGGAGGUCAAUGGCAUGGUUAUGGAUCCAUUAAAGGCUUAUCAUUCAGUAAACGGUGUGACAGCUAGAGAAAUGUGCCAUUAUUUCUUUAUGCCCGAAUUCCGCAACGAUUGGGAGACUACUUUGGAAGACUGCACCAUUUUGGAGAAAAUCUCAGCGGAUACAUUGCUUUUCCUACAAACCCAUAAACGCAUUUGGCCAGCCAGUCAGCGUGAUGCUCAAUUUUGGUCGCAUAUGCGUAAAAUAACCGAUGGCCUUGAACCAGGAGCAAGGGAUUGUUGGGUCGUGUGUAAUAACUCAACGGAAUAUGCCAAACAGGAGUCAAAGAAUGGCAAAUGUGUACGCAUUUUUCUAACCGUAAUAUUGGCCUGCCAAACCCAUUUACCCGAUGAUUAUGUCAAGGGUCAACCCCUCAAUCGUGAUGAUUUGACCUGCAAAAUAACCUACUGUUCUGUGGUCAAUCCCGGCGGUUGGGCGCCGGCAAGUGCUCUUCGUGCCGUUUAUAAGCGGGAGUAUCCCAAGUUUUUAAAACGGUUCACCGGCUAUGUGAUAGACCAGUGCAAGGACAAACCCAUAAUGUUCUGAUAUUUGCCAUAAGCAACAAAAAUCAAUCAAAAACACAAUAGAAACAAUACACAAAACAAAAAAAAAAAAAUGAAAGACGGAAGAUGAAAAUGAAGCCCAACCAACCAAUCAAAGUUAAUAUUAUCAUUAUCUAUAUAGCUUAGUCUUUAUUUUAUAAGAAAUGCCAAUUCAGUGGCUGAAACAACAACAACAACUUUUUGCAACAAAUCCAAUUUUAUAUACUCUUUAUGAUGAGUUCUAGCCUACCUAUACACUUAUAGAUAUAUACCUAUAUAUAUAUAUAUACAUAUAUACACACAAACACACACAUAUAUAUACAUAUGUGUGUGUCUAUGUGUCAGUGUUCGGGCUGUAAGUGAAAUGUUAAAAUUCCUUUUAAUUUUGUUCAUCUCCCUUUUUUUAUAUAAACAAAUCAA